UAGUACAAAUUCGUAUAGCGCUUGAAGAAGUCAUCAAGACAUCAUGAAGUUCCUACAAGUAGCUCUUAUUUUUGCACUCGCCGUGAUUGUGACUGGCGUCACACAUUACUCACGAUAUCAGGAUUCAGAUCUGGUCAAAUCAAGCUCAGAUCAGGUUAAGGUCAACGUGGUCACCAAACUCGCCGGGUCCUGCACUGCUGACUCUGAGUGUCCAGACGAGUGCCAUUGUAUCGACCAAACGUGCAAAUGCUUCUCUUAUGACUACGAGCUGGAGCCCUGCCAAGUCGACAGUGACUGUCCAGACCUGUGCCAUUGUAUCAACCUACAAUGCGCAUGUUUUUUAGAUGACAAUGGAGAUGUAACAAAAUAUAACAAAUAUAGUGUGAAACAAGAUGACAAAGAUCUGAAACAAGAUGACAAAGAUCUGAAACAAGAUGACAAGAAGAAGGUUUCUUCGACUGAUUAAUUACAAGAUAAUUAAUAACAAAUUUAAGAUGAUAAAAAUAACACUUUUUAGAAAUAAAUAUUAUUGUGUGAAAUAAAAUUUAA